AUGGGCCCCAAGCGAGUUCUUAUCACCUAUGGAGUUGAUGUCGAUGCUGUCGCUGGAUGGCUUGGCUCGUACGGCGGCGAGGAUUCGACCAACGACAUUAGUCGGGGAAUGUGGGCGGGUACUAUUGGAACGAGACGUCUACUGAAGCUUUUCAGCAAGUACAACAUUAAGACAACAUGGUUCAUCCCUGGCCAUUCACUAGAGACUUUCCCAGAGGACAUGGCAGCUGUCCGAGAUGCAGGACACGAAAUCGGACUGCAUGGUUACUCGCACGAGAACCCAACAGAUAUGAGCAUUGAGCAACAGCGUGAUGUGCUUGACAAAACAUACCGUAUGCUCACUGAGUUUGCGGGAAAGCCCCCAAGAGGAAGCGUAGCGCCUUGGUGGGAAACCAGCAGAGAGGGUGCCCAGUUACUUCUUGACUAUGGCAUCGAGUACGACCACAGCAUGAGUCACGAAGAUUGCCAGGCAUACUAUCUGCGAACGGGCGACACUUGGACCAACAUCGAUUACAAGCAGAAGGCUGAGACCUGGAUGAAGCCACUUGAGCAUGGUCCCCAGACGGGACUAGUGGAGAUUCCAUCUAACUGGUACAUUGAUGAUCUGCCACCAAUGAUGUUCAUCAAAUCUGCACCGAACAGUCACGGUUUCGUCAAUCCGCGGGAUGUGGAGGAUAUCUGGCGUGAUCAUUUCGACUAUUUCUAUCGAGAGUAUGAUGAGUUCAUUUUCCCGAUCACAAUCCAUCCGGAUGUCUCUGGUCGACCACAUGUGCUUUUGAUGCAUGAGAGGCUCAUUGAGCAUUUCAAGAAGCAUGACGGUGUAGAGUUUGUCACGAUGGAGCAGGUCUGCGACGAGUUCAAGAAGAAGAAUGCUCCUCCUCCAGGGGCUCUGAUGCCAGCUCCUGUGGGGGCGAUGCUGAAUAGUUGA